UGCUGCUAAAAUCACCCUAACAUUCUUGUUUACCCGUUAUUUAAAACCAGUCUAUAGGGACGGCCUCUCUCAGAAACCUUGGCACUGCAUGAUCCCCGGCAGCAGCCAGUAAUGACCAUUUCCCCCGCCCGCCGAAGAUUUUGACGUGUUGUGUUCUCCCCGUUAGAGACUCUCGGUUUAUUUUUUGUUUUAAUUGUCUUGUGGCAGUUUGUUCCAUGGUUUAAGUCGGGGUCUGUAUGGAAGUGCUAAGAGCCAGGUCCGUGGAAGACACGUGUACUUUCCGUCAAUCAGCAAUGCUUUUUCACGGAAUCUCUGGGGGAGAGAUCCAGGGAAUCAUGGAGGAAAUGGAAAGGAGAUCCAAGACGGAUUCCCGUCUGGCCAAAGGAGUCCAGAUGAACGGAAGAGAAACGACCAUGCCUUCUAUUAAUUCGGAUAAACCUGCCUUGUGCGCCGGCUGCGGUGGUAAAAUAGCUGAUAGGUAUUACCUGCUGGCUGUAGACAAACAGUGGCAUCUAAGGUGUCUAAAGUGCUGUGAAUGUAAACUCGCUCUGGAGUCAGAAUUAACUUGCUUCGCCAAGGACGGCAGCAUUUACUGCAAGGAGGAUUACUACAGAAGAUUUUCUGUGCAACGCUGUUCCCGCUGCCACCUCGGAAUAUCUGCCUCUGAAAUGGUUAUGCGAGCCAGGGACUCAGUUUAUCAUUUGAGCUGUUUCACGUGUACAACUUGCAACAAAACAUUAACCACAGGCGAUCACUUUGGCAUGAAAGAUAAUUUGGUUUACUGCAGAGUUCACUUCGAGUCCCUGGUGCAAGGAGACUAUCACACGCAACUGAACUACACGGAGCUUGCUGCAAAGAGCGGGGGGCUCGGUUUGCCUUAUUUCAACGGAACCGGCACCGUUCAGAAAGGAAGACCCAGGAAAAGAAAGAGCCCUGCCCUAGGAGUUGAUAUUCCAACUUACAACCAAGGGUGCAAUGAAAACGACGCUGACCAUUUGGACAGGGAGCAGCAAUCGUACCCGCCAACCCAGAAAACCAAGCGCAUGCGCACAUCCUUCAAACACCACCAGCUUCGCACCAUGAAGUCCUACUUCGCCAUAAAUCACAACCCAGAUGCGAAAGACUUAAAGCAACUUGCUCAAAAAACUGGGCUCACCAAAAGAGUUUUGCAGGGAGAACAAAUCUUGGGGCAUUACAGCCACACUUCCCGACGUUUGAAAAUUCCCUAGGUAUUUUAAGAAGGGGGAAGGUUGAUCGGAAUUCAACAUCAGUGAAGACAAAGACUAUAUUAACACACAAUUAAAUAUCCUAAAACUUUACUCAGAUACAUAACUACAAUAAGACUCCAAAAUGUCAUUUGCUUGAAUGUUUAAGCUAAUGUAGGACGCAACGUGUUGUAUAUUUUUUACUUUUAAGCUAUCAGUGGACAUACAUGUAGAGAGAAGAUAAAGUAUGCGCUGGACUUUGAAAGAAUUAGGAUGUGGUUAGGACAGGCCAUUGCACAGUCAAGCUGACCAAUAAAUUAACAUUUUUUUCGGAGAUCAAACGCAGCGCUUUGUCUGUAUUCUACGAUUCUGAGUGUAUAAUUAAUUUGAUAUCCAUUUGUAAUGUGGAGACUUGGUUAUGAUUAUUAUAAGCGACAUUCUUAUGAAAGGGAUUAUCAAUGUUAAGGUAUUUUGAGUCUAAAUUCGCAAACCCUUCGAGCCCACAGGCUACAUUUUGGUAUUUCUGGUUGUAAAUCAAAAUUGAGAAACAUUGUGCAUGCUAUGAUAAUACUUUCUCUAAAUUCUUUUAAUUAUCAAAGGGUCGGAUGUAAUAUUGUCAGU